UGCUAGCAUCGUUAGCGAGUUCGUCUUCGAGUUUAAAUAGUUUCAUUUACGUGAAUUAAUAAUAUUGUUCUUGACUUUAAUUAUCGUAAAAUGCUGUGUACUGUUUAUGUGACUGGGCUGAAGUAAUGUAUCCUACCAUGCGAGCCCUGCGGUUCUUCCGCUGCCGCUCGUGCUCUAUGCGGCUGCUGGUGCUGCUGCUCAUGGUGCUGGCCUUCAUUGUCUACUGCUUCUACUACAGCGUCGCGCCGGCCUACCCUAAGCCAAGUAAUGCUAUUGGCGAAGUUGGUGGCAGGGCCCAAUAUUACCGCAAGUCAUCGGGACAUGAAAACGAGCCAAUCGAGCAAUGCCCAGUAGUGCUGGAUAUCGAAGCCGACAUCGACACGAAGACCAUUUACCCCUCUUUUGACUUCCAGCCCAGCUGGUUGCGGUCAAAGGAGUUCUGGGACAAAAAAUUCGAGGAUCGUUACGAGCAGCUCCAAGAGGACAACCAACGACCGCGCCUGAAGGUAAUCGUAGUACCACAUUCGCACAACGACCCCGGCUGGCUGAAGACCUUCGAGCAGUACUUCGAGUCGAAGACAAACAACAUAAUCAACAACAUAGUGCACAAGUUACACCAGCAUCCUAACAUGACUUUCAUCUGGACCGAGAUAUCCUUCUUGAACGCGUGGUGGGAGCGCGCUCAUCCCGUCAAACAAAAAGCCUUCAAGAAGCUUAUCAAGGAGGGUAGGCUCGAGAUCACAGCCGGCGGCUGGGUUAUGCCGGACGAAGCCUGCACACACAUCUACGCCCUCGUCGAUCAAUUCAUAGAAGGCCACAGCUGGGUGAAAGCCAAUCUGGGGAUAGCUCCAAAGACCGGGUGGUCGAUAGAUCCUUUCGGGCACGGACCUACUGUACCGUACUUAUUAGAGCAGAGUGGGCUGGAGGGAACUAUCAUCCAAAGAAUCCAUUACGCUUGGAAGCAGUGGCUGGCUCAGCGGCAAAUCGAAGAGUUCUACUGGACAACCGGCUGGUCUCAACACAAGCCCUCUCUGAUCGUCCAUAACAUGCCCUUCGAUAUCUACUCCAUUAAGUCCACCUGCGGGCCACACCCUGCCGUCUGCAUAGGUUUUGAUUUCAGGAAAAUACCCGGAGAGUACACCGAGUACACAGCUAAAUAUGAAGAGAUAACCGAGCACAAUCUCCCUAGCAAGUCAAAGGCCUUGAUCGAGCAAUACGAGCGCAUCGGCUCCCUCACACCUCACAACGUCAUCCUCGUGCCGCUCGGAGACGACUUCCGGUACGAGUACGGCAUCGAGUUCGACGCACAGUACACCAACUAUAUGAAAAUGUUCACCCACAUUAACAAUCAUAAAGAACUUUUUAACGCUGAUGUUUCAUUUGGCACUCCCCUCGACUAUUUCAAUGCGAUGAAAGAGCGACAUACUGACAUACCGACAUUAAAAGGCGAUUUCUUUGUGUAUUCCGAUAUUUUCAGUGAAGGUAAGCCCGCAUACUGGUCCGGUUACUACACCACACGACCCUACCUCAAAAUCCUAGCACGACAAUUCGAACACCAGCUGAGAACGGCCGAAAUCAUUUUCACGCUGAUCUCGAACAAUGUUAGGCAAUCUAGUAACCAACAACUAAUUGCGUCAGAGAGAAGGCUAGAAAAAUCCUACGAGCAGUUGAUAACAGCUCGCAGGAAUCUAGGCCUUUUCCAACACCACGACGCGAUCACCGGCACUUCUAAGGCUAGCGUGAUGAGCGACUACGGCACUAAACUUAUUACUAGCAUUUAUCACUGCAUUCGACUCCAAGAAAGCGCCCUCGCCACUUUAAUGUUACCGGACCACGCACACUCUUCUCAGAGUAUUCUACAAAGUCAAAUGGAAUGGGAGACGUACGGAAAACAGCCGCGACAACUGCAGGUGUCCCUCGUCGACAAAAAGAAAGUCAUCCUGUUCAAUUCUCUCGCCGAAGAACGUACGGAUGUCGUAACAGUGAGAGCGAACGUGACUAACAUCAGAGUAUAUGACACUCGCAAGAGAGAAUACGUGGCCUACCAAAUCACCCCAAACAUUGAUAUCCGCGAGAACGGAAAAUAUGUCUUGAGCGAUGUUAAUUUCGACAUCACAUUCGUUGCUACCAUUCCACCCCUUAGUGCAGUUACGUUCAAUCUCGAAGAGUAUACGAACACCUCUCACCACUGCACGGUUUACUGCAACAACUGCGGCAUCGGAAAACAACUAGACUCCGAGAAAUCGGAACUUUUUCCCAUCAAGAAAAUGAAACCUGGCGACAUCCAGUUAGAGAACUCUGUCUUGAAACUACUGAUCGAUAGAAAUACUGGACUUUUAAGGCAAGUGAAAAGAAAAGAUUCGCGACGAAAGAGUGUAGUUGAAGUUCAAUUCGGAGCCUAUAGGAGCGCACAGCGGCACUCGGGAGCGUAUUUAUUUAUGCCCGACUACGACGAACCCGAAAGAAAAGAAAUUCUUAAAAACUAUAUGACCAGAAAUGAUGACGAUUCUAUGCAACACAUGGAUGACAAUAUUGUCAUAAUCGCUGGGCCCGUUUCCACUGAAAUCACCACCAUGUACCUGCCCUUUUUAGUCCACACGAUCAGGAUUUUCACAGUUAAAGACUCUCUACUUGAGUAUGGCGUCCAAAUUGAAAAUAUAGUCGAUUUCGAGAAUCCACCAAAAAAUAGAGAAACGGAACUAUUCAUGCGUAUGCAAACGAACAUACAGAACGGAGAGGUGCCGGAGUUCUACACCGACCAGAACGGGUUGCACUAUCAGAAGAGGUUGAAAGUGAUUAAAUUAGGAAUAGAGGCGAACUACUACCCGAUCACAACGAUGGCUUGGCUUCAGGACGAGGAAACGCGACUGACCUUUAUAACUAAUCAUGCACAAGGGGCCUCCUCGUUUGAACCGGGUCGAUUGGAAGUGAUGUUGGACCGACGCACGCUGUACGAUGACCACCGCGGGGUAGGCGAAGGCGUCGUCGACAACAAGCCCACGAUCUUCCAAAACUGGUUGCUCAUAGAACCAGUGGCCCCGGAUUCCGGAGCGAGCGAAAAGAAAGACACGAACGAACACGGCUCGAGCUUCAACGAGAGACACUUUAUUCCGGAACCGGUAUCUACCAACUAUGAGCUACCAUCGCGAACUGCUGGCGUCCUAAGCCGAACUCUGAACUAUCCGGUUAACGUUUACUUAGUGGAUACGAGCGAAGUCGGUGAAAUCGCUGUAAGGUCGAACAAGGCGUUCGUCCAAGACUUCCCACCUGGAAUUCACCUGCUCACUCUACGGACUAUCACUGACGAACACCUGGAGCAGUACCCGAGUCGCGAAGCUUUCUUAGUUUUGCAACGACCUGGCUUUAGCUGCUCCGUGGGGAAUUCUUCAUACCAUACCUCCGCUAGUUUCUUGCCAACGACCACGUUUAAAGACCUACGCAUUACCAACAUAUCUUCUGUAAGCUUAACGGGCCUCAAGCAUUACAAAUCAUUUUUCGGCUUCGAAGAUAUUGAAUUAUCUCCUAUGGAAGUCAAGACCUAUAAGAUUCGAUUUUAAAAUCAUUACUAUAGUAGACAAUUUUUAUGUAUUUAUUCAAUGGUUUACCAUUUUAGUGUCGUAAAAGCAUCGACGCACACGUUUUAAGCAAGUGUCAUUUGUAAAUAGUGAGGGUUUAAUGGCCCAAAAUGUUUGUCUGUUGAAACAGAAGUUACGAUUUCUCAUAAUGCAUUUGAUGCGCGAUUUAAUCGUGUAAAAACUCAUGAAUGCUCAUGAAGGUUUAAACUUGGCGAGCGGCUUUUUCACUUGGGCGUACAUCGAAAGUGAAUGCGAGAAGUCGUAGGUAUCAACCUCGGCUGAACAACUGAGACUGAAAUCGAAUAAGAGUCAAUGGUGCAAGAGUUAUAAGACUAUGCAGUGAGAACCUGGCACUUGUGACCAUAGAAUUAACUAUUCAAAUAUAGUUAUUUUAAACAGUUCCUUUACUAGUAUGUAUAAGAUAGGAAGCCUAAACAAUCCCUUGAAAAGAAAAGCUAUAACUGCAUUACAAUCCAGUGAUGUGUGUAAUAUGAGGUGGAAUCAUCAUAUUUAACGGAAAGCCUAAGGUUUUAAGAAGCAUUUGCACGUAAACUACAUCGCCUUAGAGAUAUCCAAUCAAUAAAACUCCAUAGGAGCUCUACGACAGGACAUAAAACCUCUAGACUGAAAAGGCAUGGUAGUUGUAAUGUUCGCAUCAGCAAAUCAUGGACGCUCAUAAUACAGUACAGUUUGCAUAAUAUCACAUAGUA